GGGCCGAAUGGUGGCGGCGGCCGACGGCUCGCUGACGGGCCAGACGCCCGGCGGCGACACGUUGCGGGUGCGGGAGGUGUGGCAGGACAACCUGGAGCAGGAGAUGAAGCUCAUUCGCGACGUGGUGGACGACUACCCCUUCCUGGCCAUGGACACAGAGUUCCCGGGGGUGGUGGCACGCCCGGUGGGCAGCUUCAAAAACAGCGGAGAGUACCACUACCAGACGCUCAGGCUAAACGUGGACAUGCUGAAGCUGAUACAGCUGGGCUUGACCUUCACGGACGCCGAGGGCAACCUGCCGCGCAUCAACGGCGAGCUGUGUGUGUGGCAGUUCAACUUUAAGGAGUUCCGGUUGUCGGAUGACAUGUACGCCCAGGACUCUAUUGAGCUGCUGAAGCAGUCGGGUAUCGACUUUGCGCAGAAUGAGACUCGCGGCAUCGACGUGCGGCACUUUGGCGAGCUGCUGACGGUGUCGGGCGUCGUGCUGAACGAGGAUGUACGAUGGAUCACCUUCCACAGUGGGUACGAUUUUGGGUACUUGCUCAAACUGCUCACCUGCUCCUCCCUCCCCACCAACGAGGGCGAGUUCUUCCAGCUACUCAAGCUGUUCUUCCCGCAAAUCUUUGACAUCAAGUACCUCAUGAAGUUCUGCGACAACCUGCACGGCGGCCUUAACAAGCUGGCAGAGACACUGGACGUGGCGCGCAUCGGGCCGCAGCAUCAGGCGGGCUCGGACUCGCUGCUCACGAGCGCCACCUUUCUCAAGCUGGCACAGCAGCGGUUUCAAGGAAUGGACGGCGUGGGGCAGCACCGCGGCAUCCUGUAUGGCCUAGGGGAGGACGGUCGCGGCCUGAUGGCUGGACAAAGCGACGUUAUGUGAAAAUUUUCCCAUGCAAAUAUACUGGU